GUUUGAAUCACCUCUACCUGCAGGUUCUAGUUCUUAUAAAGGAAACAAAACAACCGAUUAUUGUAUUCUGGACUGCAUUUACGACCAAACAACAUUCACUUAUUAUGUGUUAGAUAUGAUGUGCUGGAAGGGACACCCAAUUUAUGAUUGUGAUACAGAGUUUAGGUAG